AUGUCGGACGAAGUGUCCCAGUUCCUCGAGCAGGUCGAGCAGCUGCGCGGCAAACAGAUUGAGGAUGACCAGCUGAGAGCCCGCGAGCGCGAGGAGUUUAUGGCGGCCAAGCGAGAGCGCCAGGCCAGACGAGAAGAACGCGCAAGGUCCAUCUCACCGCAAAAGUCUUCGCCCGCCAACACCCCAUCCCCACGCGCCCGUCCUCGCGCCGCCGCCAACCUGCCCGACACGCUCAAGCUCGACUCCUCCAUCCUCCUGCUCGACGACACCCGCGAACCUUCGACCGAGCCGGCACGCGGUAUGGGGUACUCGGACUCGCCCACCAAAGAGAACGAAGCACCCAUAGGCACCGCAUCCAAGCUAGAUGCCGCCGGUGCCGCCUCUGGCGGCACUCUCACCAGAAGCUCGACCCUGUCCUGGCAGCAGCGCCGGCCCAACUCGCGCGGCAGCGGCACUACUUCUCGCCCUCUCAGCGUGGUGGCCGCGCAGAAUGCCACGCAGCGCGGCGUGGUUCGCAUGCACGAUCCGCCCCCCGCUGCGUCACCCGAGCACCAGACCCUCACUAGGGAGGAUAUCGCCAAGACCCUGGGGCUAAAGGACCCCUCGUGGUUCCGCCAGACGGCUGAUCGUGGUGAAAACUCCGCUGCUUUUAGAAAGAACCAGGUUGAGGACAGCGAUACCAUGGACAUGUCAUCUUUCAAGGCGCAGCUCCCCGGCAUGUCUGGCGUGCAGAAGGAGUCUGUGGCAAACCCGACACCGGCUAGCCUCGCAUCCCCGCUGUCACUCAAUCCCCCGGCAUUUGAAGGCGGGGCGGAUAGACAUGGUGACGCCGAAUUGCCCAGCGGCCGGAGCUCGCCUACGCGCUCUGGUUCCCCCACCAAAGGCCUGGGUGGAUUUGUUCAGAGUGCCAUGAUGAAGCGAAGUGACAGUAUCAAGCGCUGGAGCGUUGCGAGCCCUCCUGGCCUAAGUCGUGUCGAUUCUGUCUCAGGAAACGUUGGCGGUAACAGAGAGGGCGCGAGAGGUAGCCCUCGACCACGAAGCACAAUCAGAGAAUCAGCUACACCGGAAUCUAGCCGACCUACUUCACGAAGCGGAAUUCAAGAGAGCGCAUCUUCCGAUCAUUCGAGCCAGGGGGCCCUGAGCCGCGAGCCGAGCGAUUUGAAGAUCCCCAUCAGCCCUUCCAAGACUAUGGACUCGAGGCGAUGGAGCCCAACCAAGUCCAGCUGGCUGGAUAGCGCCUUGAACCGUCCCGAGUCCCCUCGACCUCAGCACAAGUCCAACCAGUCACAGCCCGAUUGGAUGUCGGAGCUGGCCCGAAGUAAGGCUGCAAGCCCCAGCGGUGAAGGCAGCCGCCCAAGUUCGCCUCAGAAACACCAAGUCAGCAUUGGCGGACUCAUGAGAACCACACCAUUCGACGGAGGCGCAAAGACCAACACGACCGGUUUGGGGGGCAUUUACUCGCCGCCCCCCGGUGGCAACAGACCACAAUUUGGCCACGCAGCGAAGCAGAGCUUCUCGAUUGCGUCCAUAGAGCGGCCGCCUUCGAGCCUUGAAACCGAAUCCCCAUGUACGCCCACGCUGCGGGAGGCCAAGCCAGAAGGCCAAGCCGGCACCAAGCCGGACAUGAAUAUAGCGGCGCGAUCUGAGCUCACGCCCGAAUCCAAACCGGAUGCCAAGUUAGAGCCGUUGAAGCGGCCCUCGGUGGCUUCUCCCCCGGCCAUGAAGCCCAAGCCCGCCACGCCGCCCAAGAUGGACUUUCGCUCAGGUUUAAAACCCCGCCCUCUCGAUGCUGAUGCCAAGGGCUCCGAACAGCCCGAAUUCAGAAAUGCCCUCGGCAACCUGCGCCGCACCAAGACACAAAAUUAUGUCGCACCUGAUGAGUUCAAGGGGAACAUACUUCGCGGGAAGUCUGGCCUUGCAGUGACCGGCGGCCCGCAAAAGACGGAACGGAGGGACGAAUUCAAGGAUUCGAUUCUCAAGAAGCGAGAAGACUUCAAAAAAGCUCAGGCUGAUGGGAAAGGUGUAGCACGAACUACAACAGCUGCCUCAGCGCCGGCGGCUCUACCAGAGGGUCUGGCCAGGAGAGCUGAGCUCGGGAAAGGCGGUUCCAUCCGGGGCAACAACCCCGUUACUGGCUCAGCUGGUACGACCGCCAAGAGGCCAGAACCAUUCAAGCCAGUACCUGCGCCAAAGCGAGUCCCCAGCGGCACUGCCUCUGCUGCAGCAAAGAAUCCGGCACCUGAAAAGCCUCGUCGCAUUUCCACCGAGCCUUGGCGAAAGAAUAGCGGCACCGAACCUCCCCUCGUACCCAGCAAGGAGAAAGAGGCCACGGGACCAGCGAAUUUACAGCAAGGACAGGGUGGGACUGGCAGGCUGGCAGACCGUUUCAACUCAAGUCUUGCAAAUAUGCUUGCUCGCGGCCCGCCCCCGAUGGCAUCAAAUGGUGGCCAACGUUCUGAAGACGACAAUGCAGCCAACAGCCCAGCGGCUGAACCGUCUGCCCCCGGCCCUCAGCUGACACACAUGACCAAGGCCAGAGCUCGCGGGCCGAAGAGAAAGGCUCCAACCGGCGCUGGCACAAAAGUUGGUCCUGUACCUUCUACAGUCAGCUCAGCUCCGGUAGGGAAGCACGUGGAGUCUGACGCAAAUCAAUACGAGGCUGAAGCGUCAGUCACUGAACCUGAGAAGAAGGUCGCCAUGUCUGUUCAAGAGCAAGUAGCGGCCAAGGCAGCUGCAAGCAGCAAACCUUCGCCACAGCGUCACCAGGAAGCAUCCCCUAUCAAAUCAAAGGCCGACGCUAGCUCGUCGCCAAAGACACCUUUGCAGAAGCUAUCUCUCAACCCGGCCACCGAUGGGACUCCUGCACCUUUACAGGAUGCUUCUACGAGAAUGACCAGCAUUGCGGAGAAGAGGCAGUCCAGGCCACUAAUCGCUAAUCGCUUGUCCACGUUUCUAGACAAUGCUGAACAGAAAUCUGACAAGCCAAGUCUUUCGCCGAAGCAUAUCGCCUCACCCAAGUUCACGCCUUCGUCGAAGUCUAUUGCUUCACCCAAGACUGAAACCCCGUCAAAGCCACUUCCAUCGCCUCGCUAUGACGCCUCACCCAACUUUGCCGCCUCAAAGCCAGUCUCAACCACCGCCCCUCUAUCUGUAUCUGUCUCACCCGAGAAGCCGACAACUCCCCGUGAGAAGCAAACGGAGAGACAAUUCGUAUCUCCCGCUUUCGCCAUGCCCUCACGAACAUUCGGCACCGUUGGCCCCAACUCGCCUAGGCCGACACUCCAUGGCCCUCGUCCCCAAGCCGAGUCGUCACGCCCAAAAUCGCGGCAUGGGCGUCCCGUUUCUAGCGCUGGUUUGUCUUCUGUGGCAGUCUCCGCACCGGGAUCUCCCAUGCCGUCACCAACAAAGCAACCAGGAGAGAUCAACGCAUUAUUUAAGGAUUUCUUCGGACCACCACGCCCAAGGAAGGAGUUCAAGGUUGAUACGGGUGAGAUUCUCAUGAGCCACCCCGGGUCAGGGAUUAAGAUUCAAACUCAGGAGGUUCAGAUGUACCGACUCUCGGGAGAUGGCAAGAAGACACCCGUAUCGGCGCAGAACGAGCGGGUCCUUUUUGAUGGUGAAAUGUACAUUUGUGCUCACAGCUUCAAGAAUGCAACAGGCGCAGGCACUGUCGAAUUGUACUUCUGGGUUGGCGAUGAGGUUCCCGACUCUAUGGCGCAAGAUGCCCAGAUUUUUGCGCAGAGGGAAGCCAAGGCCAUCGGUGGCAGACUACUGAAGCUGUACCAAGGCAAGGAGACGACCGAGUUUAUGCAAGCCCUAGGCGGCGUCAUUAUCAUUCGGCGCGGCUCCAGCGACCGCUUCGACAGUCUGGCUCCGCAUAUGCUAUGCGGGCGACGGUAUCUUGGGCAGGUGGCUUUUGAUGAGGUGGACAUGAACACCUCUAGCCUCUGUGCUGGAUUUCCGUUCAUCAUUUCGCACAACGGCAAGUGCUGCCUGUGGAAAGGCAAAGGUAGUGAUGUAGACGAGCUGAGUGCAGCCCGACUGGUUGGUAUGGAGAACACCAUUUCGGGCGAGCUGAUGGAGCUGGAGGAGGGCAGCGAGCCGGUCUCAUUCUGGGAGCUGUUCGAGGAAGGCCAAGCUCAGUCUCAUUCUGCCGAUCAUUGGCGCCUCAAGCCCAACUACAGCAAGUACGGCAGCAGGCUCUUCUGCUCUGACGCCGAUGCUCGCCGCCAGAUUACGGAGAUUGCUCCCUUCAAUCAGACCGAUUUGUCGCCGCUCAAGAUUUUUGUGCUUGACGCCUUUUUCGAAAUGUACGUUGUGGUAGGCUCCGGCGCACAGUCGCAAUACUCGUCCUUUCGCAACGCGCUCGACUUUGCGCAAGAGUAUGCCAUCCUGGCGGCGAGCAUGGAGGACCGACCCUUUGUGCCCGUGUCGACGAUUGUGCUCGAGGGCAUCCCACGAGACUUGAAGCGCGUGUUCCGCAAGUGGGAGGACGCACGCAGCCCAACGGUGACCAACACGUACUCGGCGCUGAGGCGCGGACGCAGCUUGCGGGUGGUGCCAUUGUCGCAGGCGCUGCAGGCUCUGAACGAUUAG